GCAACGCUGCGGCAAAUACAACCUUUGGACCCCCAACCACCCCCUCUUAUAUUCAACAAUAUCUGCUGUUGCUCGAGAGAAAAUGGCUCGUGUUUUGGUUGGUGUAAAGCGUGUGAUCGACUAUGCCGUUAAGGUGCGCGUGAAGCCGGAGAAAAAUGGCGUUGUUACUCAAGGUGUUAAGCACUCAAUGAAUCCCUUCGACGAGAUUGCCGUCGAGGAGGCUGUCAAGAUGAAGGAGAAGAAGCUGGCAACUGAGGUAAUUGCCGUGUCUGUGGGUCCCACGCAAUCGCAAGAGGUCAUUCGUACUGCCUUGGCCAUGGGCGCAGAUCGUGGCGUGCACGUUGAGGUAUCAGCAGCUGAAUAUGAUCUGCUGCAGCCAAUUCAUGUGUCCAAAAUACUUGCCAAGCUGGCACUGGACGAAAAGGCUGACUUAGUUAUAUUGGGCAAGCAGGCAAUUGAUGAUGAUGCCAAUCAGACGGCACAGAUGACCGCAGCCGUCUUGGACUGGCCCCAAGGCACAUUCUGCAACAAGGUGGAGAAGACGGAUGCGGGCUUAACGAUCGCUCGUGAAAUCGACGGCGGCCUGGAGACCAUCAAGACCAAAUUGCCAGCGGUACUCAGCGCAGAUUUACGUUUGAAUACACCACGUUAUGCCACGUUACCUAACAUCAUGAAGGCCAAAAAGAAGCCCCUGAAGAAGGUCACACCCAAAGAUCUGGGCGUAGAUACCACGCCACGCAUUGAGGUUAUAUCUGUUGAAGAUCCACCAGUGCGUCAAGCGGGCGCUGCUGUUGCCGACGUGGAUGCUCUGGUGGCUAAGCUAAAGGCUGGUGGUCAUAUCUAAGCGAGCAACCCAGCAAAAUUAAACGUGCAUUUAUCUAGCCUCUAACGAUUGAUGUGCCGAUUGAGAGAGCCAAGUGUCCCCGUAGUGCUUUAAGUCAAAUUCAAUGUCUGCUUUUUAUUUUUGGAAUCUGUCGUGUCAAGCCUUAACGAAUAAAUUGAAGUGAUGCUAUCAUAAACAACGACUAU